UUCUAUAUGGAGUGACAGCCCUAGUUUUAUAUUUAUCAUGUCAACAAAUUAUAUAUCCAUAAUAUUUUUUUUUUUAUAUUAUUGUUUUUUUUUUUCUUUUUCUCUCUAUCCCUCUUUCUCUUCAGCUACAUGCGUCCUUCGGUGCGACGUGCAAGGUAUUUGUUAUGUCGCGGAGGGAGCCGUGUGCGAGUUUAUAGAGGAUAGCAAUGAAGAUACUUCAAAUGAAAAUGAGCAUGAGCGACACAAGCGCGACGCCCAUCAAGAAAAUGCUGGUAAAGGAAAUAACCCUAAUCUCAGGAGUGCGAUAUUUGUGUUGUCCGAGCGAUGCCAAAAUACGUUACGUUGUGGGCGGAAGGAUUCUAAUCCUAUCAAGCCACCUACCAAAGUAAACUCAGUCAUCACAUGUUGUCUGAACUGUCUACAUUUUUACCCUCCCUGUACUUCCAUAUCAUUUAAGAAGUCGAAUGCUGAAUGUAAAUUAUGGAACUUUCUGGGCCUGCCCUUCAACCACAAUACCGAUGAAAUGAUCUAUUAUUCCAUUAAACCAUAUGUUACUGACUGCAGCCAGAUCGCAAAAACCCUGCCGCGAUCGAAAUCCGGAAGGUAUGCAGUAGCCUAUGGACGUGAAACUGUUCUUGUGGUAUGCGAGAUCAAGGAUAAGGAAGGAUGGACCGUGUUGCAGAAACGACAAAAUAGCUCCUUUAACUUCAACAGAACAUGGGAGGAAUACAGACGCGGCUUUGGUGACCUUCGUUCCGACUUUUGGUUGGGGAACGAAUUUAUAUAUAAGCUAACAUCCGGAGGGAAAUUUCAUCUCCGGAUUGAAGCACACACAAGAACAGGGAAUGUAUUUUCAGCAACGUAUGCUUCGUUUAAGAUUCGGCAAGAGAGUGAAAAUUAUAAAUUGUCUGUUGGAGAUACCAUAGGCCAAAAUGACGAUGGUGGUCACGCAUUCUUUGAAGCAUCAUCGACAAGUUUCUCAACAUACGACAGGGACAAUGAUCAAAAUAAAGACAAGAACUGCGCCUCAGAAGGUGGGGGUGGUUGGUGGUUUAGAUUAUGUUGGAAUUCGUGCUAUUUUAACGGUUUAUACACUUUAAGUUCCAAGUGCGACAUUAAUAUAGAACAGCCACAGUUGAGUAGGACAAUAAUGAUGAUAAAGCGUGUGUAA